AUGGAGAAAGCAUGGGUUAGGGUUCGCAACAUUCCCAUAGAGAAAAGAUGCACUGAACAUAUAGCUUAUACUGGAGCUCUAGUUGGGAUUACUUUAGAAGUUGAUGAAUCGACCGUUCAUAAACCUGAAUAUGCUAGAAUCCUUCUCGGUUGUAGAGAGGUUGAGAAAAUUCCCCCUUCAGCUGAAGGAAUGCUGGGAGAACAGUAUUAUGAUUUUUUCUAUGAAGUUGAAAAAGUUGUGACUGUGGGUGCUGAGAAAAGUCAGUCCUAUACUGCUGUGGAUAGCAGUGCAUCUCCUUCCUUCCCCAAGAAAGCGAGGAUGGACUCAUAUCCUGCUUCUUCCAUGGGGCAGGGGGAGACGAAUACAUCCGUGACUGGUAAUUUUUCCUCUCAGAACUAUGGUAAGGGUAUGCAGAGGCUUCCGGCAGUGGCUGAGAGUGAAGAAGAAGAUGAGAGUGAGGAAGGUAACAACACAGAGCUUCUGAUUGAGACUAUGGCCAGAGAACAUGCGGCUGAAAAAAUGUCUUAUUGUGGAUCUCAAUCUGAUAAAAAAUCAUGUGAGAAUGUCUCUGAGGAUUUGAAAGUGGAAGAGAUGACUGAAUCUCCCAGUAAUGAGAUCAGUGUGCAUCAAGACUAUGUGGUUUGGCCCUCCCUGCCUCACAUUGUGCCUCUCGAAGAGGGUUUCAUGGAAGGAGGAGAAAACUGCACACAAAAAAAUGGCCUCAUUAAAGGUUUAGCUGCUGAUCUUAUUGAGAAUGGGGUUUGCAUCCUGCAAUACGCGGAUGACACAGAGCAGGAAUGCACGGUUGCAUCUUGGGCGACUAACAACUAUGAGCUGGGCUUUAGACGUAGACUGGUUGGGGUGUUGGGUUUGCUAAAGGAAGAAGAAAGGGCGAAGCUCCAGGCUGGAGUGAAGAGGUUGGCUCACGCGGCUGCUGCGCUGGCGGACAGGUCCCUCCCUCGAGGCAGAUCCCUUUUGGGAGACAGAGAAGGGAUCCAGAUUGGUUAG